AUGGUUAACAGUCCGUGCGGUGCGCGAACAAGGCCGCUGAGAGCGCGUCCGCACGUCUCUGUGCGGACGCCGAAGCAGAAACCACAGCAACUGAUGUCUCAUCGGUUGCUGAAGCGACUCAGCCUGUGUCAACUGGUGAUGAAGGCGCUAGUCAUGAAGACACUCAUGUCUUCACAGAGUAUGAGAUCGGUGUCUCAUGCUCUCCUGAUACGGAAGAGGGAUUCUGUAUCGAAGGCGGUUGAAACCAAGCCGCCUGCCAAGCGUGGCAUGGAUGAUGCUACGCGUCGUAGCAUCUUUGAUUCAUCUGACGAAUCAGAUGAACCAUCGCCAAAGCGAAAGCGCUCGAGGUCACGAGACUCGGGCGCUCACAGUGGUAUCGGUUCUCCUAUUGACACCACUUCGCAGCGAGGUGCCAGUACUUUUGUCGGCACGUCGCAGGAAUAG